AUGGCAUACAACAACAAUCCACGAUACGCUUCUUCAAACCCAAACAACCAGCGCUAUUUCCAGGCCGGUUAUCCCUCUCCACAGCAACUGCAGACACAGCAGUUCAGUCAUAAUGCCACGCCCUCCUUCAACGCUGCCGUAGCUCCCAUUAACAGCUAUACCAGUCCGCGCAUGGAUCCCGCAAGAUCCUCUUACUAUUCCGCAUCACACGCCCAACAACCAACACAACAGACUCAACAACACGGCAUGUCGUGGCAAAAGAGCUCUGCUUGGGAUCAUUCCACUAAUGUUUUGCAUCAGAACAACAUCUACGGGCACACCGGCACCUCUACCGGCGCUGCCUCCAGUGGAUUCGCUCCAUCUCCUAACAAUGGUUUGUUUACAUCAAGUCAACAGCAACAACACAGGCGAUUGCAACAACCAGUUGCAUCGCAUAUGCAACAGCAGUCUUUGAACACUCAAUCCAUGUAUGGCGGUGGACAUCACGCAACAGCAACAUCACUCCAACCAUUCCACACGGCAGGAUCGGGGUCGACUACAUCACAGUCAUCCGCAUCCCAGCCAAAUAGCAACAUGCUAUCUCUGCCGACACCAACAAAUUCUUCCGUUGGUUCAAUGCAACGAGUGCCACAAUGGUCAAUGGAUACAAGUAAUCUAAAUAACUUUUCCAUGACUGGAUUAAACAUGAACAACAUGAGCAACAUGAGUCCAAUAAAUUUCUCAGGGAGAUCAGCAAUGAGUCUGGGCGACCAACAGUUAAGCCCUUUUGGAGUAGUCGACGAUUCGACUGCCGAAUUGGGUGAAGACUUGAUGGAUGGAUCGCUUCAAGAACAGUCUCUAACAUCUGGAACUGCUUCGGCGUCCACAUCAGCAUUAUCUACCACACAGCAACAAAACUACCUGCAUGCUCCUCGAUAUUCUCAACAACAACAGAAUCCGACGCAAAUGACUCCACAACAAACACCUACUCAAUCCGCCCAACAAUCACAACAGUCACAAGUCCAACAGCCUGUAGUCCUCAACAGGCAACCGCCAAGAAGAUAUGCUCAAAUGUCAUCCAGUCCAUCGUUGUCUACAAUAAAUGAUACUGCUGGAGGACAGCAAUCAGUAACGAGUGCGAUUAGCCCAAUACCUGCGAAAAGGGAGGCAAGUACAAGAUUUCCGCUAUUAAUACGUAUGAGAAAUUAUAGGAUUGAGAAUGAUCGUUGA